AUGCCAUUGAUCCACAUUCGCGUAGUUGGUGAAAAAGACCAUCGCUUGCACAAGGGGAUCGAAAUAGAAAAUAAGGUUUUACUUUGAUAAUUUAUUCUUAUUGACAUAUUUUAUUUUUAUAUUUUCAGAUUUCGUAUGUUGACCUAAAGAAGCAGAUUGAAACAAUAACAAAAGUUCCAACAAAUUAUCAACAUAUUCAAUUUAAAGGAGAAGACCUUCCCGACGCCCUUCAACCUCUUUUAACAGCAAAAGAUUUCGAUGAACUUAUAAUAGUAAGUUGAAUUUUUGAAUUUAGAAUUCACUUUAUAUUGUCAGGAUGUAAAAUUUUAUUUGUGCAGACUUCAAGGUUUCUAAUAGCGCUUAAAAAUUGAAUCGAACAAUCAUUUUACAGCUAGUGAAUUCUGUAAAAUUGCCCCCGAGUUGAAUAAAAUUGUUAAUUUUCAGAAACAUUCCUCUCUGCCGGAGUGGGCAGUGUUUCUGAUUGCAUCAGAUAUUCCGAAAAAUGCGCCACGUGAUGCAAAGAAGAAACAAGUGUUGGAAGCUUCCCAUAUAUUAACGCGUUUGUACACAGAAGGCUUUUUUUCUUCUUACGCAGAAUUCGCAAUACGUCGCAUAAAAUUCAUUCGCGCCUAUUCGGAGUUUAUUGAUGAUCACGGAGGUUUCAUAAAAAUGGCUGUUGAACGCUAUUUUUCUACACUGUUAGAGAAGAAUCCUAUUAAUCCAACAUUAACUUUCGAAUAUUCAGAGAAACCAGUUAUUGGAAUUCAGGUAUGUUAUAUUUAUAAUAUGAACAUACUCGUAUUUUUCCUAGGCCGGAUUCAUAUGCAACGUGAUCUGUGGUGAGACUGUUCAACGAUAUUAUGUAAAAGGACAUUCAGCAAUGUCAUCACACCAAAAUGUCGACAUGUGUGAGAUUUAUAUGUAUUUAUUAUUGGCACAUAUCAAUGUUGGACCCCCAGUUCACAUAAUACCCAACACGCAUACUUCCGUUACUGGAGUUUAUAUUGCCACUUUAGAAGGUAAAUAGCUGUUAUAAUGUAACAAUUUAAAACAAGUAUUUAGUAUCCAAUUUUGUACCAUCGCACAAAACGAAGCUUACAUUGAGAGCAGAAAUGGAACUGGAUUUAAUCAAAAGGCUGUUUAAUGUCAGUGAUCUUCAUGGGGACAACUUCGGGAUCGACAAUAAUGGAAAUCUUUCAGUAAUUGAUUUCAGAGUACGUUCAGUUUAGUAUAUUUAAAAAAAAACUUCAUAACUUUUAGAUUUCAGGCCACUCAUUUGACUCAACAAACCGCAUAG